GCGGGCCUUUGAGUGUAGCCAGCAACUGCAAUGAAAACGGGAUUUCCCUCCGAGAAAUACGUCUAAACUUGGUCAUUCGUCCGCAGGGCGCAAUCUACACUCCACGCAAGUCGUUCGUGGUGGCUCGGCUCGGAUGGAGAAGCGCAAAAACCUUUGAAGCAAACAUUGUGAACGGCAGCUGCAGCUCUCUACUUCCAUCGCAAACAAACGAUUUAAAAAAAAGCGACGAAAAACUAGACAAGUUGGUGUUUCAUAUAAUGUGAAAACUUGUCAUUCAUCCGAGUCAAGAAUGGAUCUCCUGUUUGCUGGUCUAAUAGCCUUAGGAGUAGCUGUGGCAGUGGUUGUCAUUUUGAAAAGUCUCUGCUUUCUGAGUGAAUGUUUGAGCACCCGCUGUAAUCACCCAAUGCUAGGAUCUCGGAUGCCGCUCGACUAUGCCCAGGCAAUGGCUGUUGCUCCUAGGCUCAACAGUGGAGAUGUGCAACAGUUGGGCGGGAUUGGCCAUCAGCGUUUUCCCGAAGGACUCUACGUCAUUUGCGUCGACUCGUCUAAUAAUGCCCCCAAAUUCGUCGUCAAUCAUCACCAGCAGCCACAUCACGCAACUGCUGCUCUGAUAACGAGUGAACCAGAUGUGGAAUCACCGCCGACUUAUGAAGAAGCCAUGAGUCUUAUCAAUCCUGAUGGCAGCAAUCCUGAUUGUCAUAAUGCUACUUGUCAUUCCUCUCAACUUUGUUGCCACUCCGACAUGUAAGAGAGAGGAGCAACAUAUGUCCUUCUUUUCUUGUUGUAACUUUAUUUUUUCAGUUUUGAUUAAAUUCUCAAUGAAAGGCUGAUGUAACGUCACCGUUUGUACACAUUUCAAAGCGAUACCAGUUAAGAUUAUGUACUAAUCUCCAUUUCCGUGUAAACUGAUUCUGUUUCAAAUAAUAUACAUACGAAAUACCAAG